AUGAAAUCACGAGAAGGCGGGCUUAAAAAAGAAGUUAAUCGUCUAGGAAAAUAUAUAGGAGAACGUGUGGACUGCCUAAAGGAUAAUGUAGAUGAAUUACUUGCUAUGAGACGUUACAAUCAUAGCAAAAAAUCCAUAAAUAGUUCAUCCGAGUCCAGUUCAUCUGAGUCAAGUUCAUAUGAAGAAACUAUUACAAUAGUUGAGAGAUCUGAGGAACACGAUUCGGAUUAUGCGCCAUGCAAAGCACCUAUCAGCCAAAAAAAGAAGAUUCACAAAGUGAACCCAGGCAAAGUAAUGCGUAUAAAGAAAAAACCUGGCAACAAGAAGGCGAAACCUAGAAGGAAUCCGACUCAAGCAAAUGAGACAAGAGUGGAAAUUACGCCUCUUAAUCUACCGAUUUACAGAUCUGAUUGGAUUUGUAUGGAGCACGGAUGGGGGUUUAAAACAACGUGUAAUUACGCAAAUAAACGUGAGCGGUCUUCAAGAUCUUGUGCGAUCUUAGCAAUAAACAGACCAAGCGACGGAUCAAGAGAUAAUAAUCUCGAAAAAAUCAUCUUAACAUUAAGUAAUGAGCUUCAAAGAAUGCGUACAGAAGCUGAAUGGAAAAACGAUACAGCAUCUCAAGCGGGAUCUAAUCGAUUCUCUUCCACAAGUCACGUUUCCAUGGGACAUUAUUCCGAAUAUACGGAAGAAUAUGAAACAUACUGGGUCGAAUUUACGGCUCUUUUUAAUAAUAGGAGAAAAAAGGAAAGUCGCUCUCCAACACAAAUGUACAACAUUUUGUCAAUCGAAAUCGGCCUUAGCGCUAGCACAUUAGCUAGUUUUUAUCGACAUCAAAAAUCGCCAAGAACAACUUCUAUGGAUAAAAUCAUCGAAUGGGAUCCGAGAACUCCCUCCUCUUAA